AUGGAGACGCAAUAUGUGUACACAAAGAGUCGGGCCCAAUUUGGACGCUGGUGUUCGUUUUCUGACAGCAGUCCUGAAACGAUGGUCAAUAUUCAGUCGGAACCAUCCCUCAUGCACAAUUUCAUCAGAAAAGAUCCUGUCACACAGGGCACGCAAUGCAGCAAGAUAUUUGCCCAGCACGAGGUGAACACGACAACGGCAACGUACAAGGAGGGCGGUAUGCAUCACGUCGAAGGUGGAUGGCCAAAGGAUGUGAACACUCACGAUUUGGAACAGACGGUUCGUUACAGACGUAAAAUAGAGAAGGACGAACUGUACAUUCACACCAUGCUACAGCUUUUACCGCCUAUGGAACAUUACAUCCUGCAGAAUAACGUUUGCGACAUAUACGAGCAGUAUUUUCACGACACGGAGCCAGCCCCGUUGGUUCAAAAGACUUUCUCGAGAACGGUCAAUGUCUACAGAGAUCCUCUACCCAUAAAACGCUCGAUUACCCACAUGUCCUGGUCCCCUGAUCAGGGAACAAGACUCGCUAUAAGUUAUUGUGACACGGAUUUCAAGAGGACCAUGAAUUCCAGCCCAUAUUCUUACAUUUGGGACGUAGAAAAUCCGAACAAUCCAUUUAUGGCGCUGAAACCCUUCUGCCCAAACCUGACCAUGGAAUACAACCCAAAAGACAGCAACGCGCUGGUUAGCGGCAUGACGUCCGGGCAAGUGGCGUCUUGGGACAUUCGACGGGGUUCAGAGCCAGCCGAGACCAGCUUGGUUGAACACAGUCACCGAGAGCCGUGCAGUAAAGUUUUAUGGAUCAAUUCAAAGACGGGAACAGAGUUUUUCAGCGCCUCUAACGACGGACAAAUAAAAUGGUGGGAUACCAGGAAAUUACAAAGUCCGACCGAGAAUUUGGUUAUUGAUUUGCUGAAGCCGGAAGAACAGGAUGUUGGCAGGGCGACAGGCAUUUCAGCCCUGCAGUUUGAAGCGUCGAUGGGUACAAGGUUCAUGUGUGGUUUGGAAAACGGGUUGGUGAUAUCCGGAAACCGUAAGGGAAAAACACCCGGAGAGAAAAUGGCGACUAGAUUCAAAGCCCAGUACGGACCGGUAAUAAGCGUUGAACGUAAUCCAACUUUUGUGAAGAAUUUUUUGACCGUUGGAGAUUGGACGGCGAGAAUUUGGUCCGAGGAUUGUCGAGAAUCGUGUAUCGCGUGGACACCAGGCCAUAGAGAUUUGUUGACUAGCGGUGCUUGGAGCGCAACUCGGUUUUCCGUAUUUUUCCUAACCAAAAUGGACGGUACUUUGGAUGUGUGGGACAUACUUGUGCAGCAGGAUUCACCUGUUCUCAGCGUUAAGGUUUGCGACGAGGCUCUGACUUGCAUCAGGCCUCACGUAGAAGGCAAUCUCGCUGCCGUAGCCAGCAGAAACGGAACAGCGUACCUGGUCGAGUUUUCCGAGGCUCUGACGAUUAAUCAGAAAAACGACAAGCUUCUAUUGACUGCGCUACUAGAAAGAGAAACGCGAAGAGAAAAGGUAAUCGAGGCUAAGAACAGGGAGACGCGUUUGAAACUAAAGACCGGGCGGCUGGAAGCGGAAACUGAGGCGCAAGAAAGUUUGAACGCAAAGCUGGAUGCGAGCAAAGCAAUAGAGAGUCAAAAAGCAACGGAGGCAGAUCCACUUAUAAUUCAGUGCGAGCUGGAUUAUCAGCAAGCCGUUGAUGCGGAAAUAGUACGGCAAACUUCGAUGGAAAAUUCUGAAGUGAAUAAUAAUACGGUACAAAAUGGACAGCCUGCAACUCAUUGA